UCGGCGAUGUGAGGCGGCUCCGCCAGCGCGGCUGCCUCCCAUCCCCCCGCCAGCCCGGGAGGAAGGGAGCGGGGCGGCCUGCCGCAGGCCUCGCCGGACGCGCAGUACGUCUCAAGAUGGCAGAAUUAUUUAUGGAAUGUGAAGAAGAGGAGCUAGAACCAUGGCAAAAGAGAGUGAAAGAAGUGGAGGAGGAUGAUGAUGAUGAUGAUGAGCCAAUCUUUGUUGGGGAAAUCUCAAGCUCGAAGCCAGCUAGUACAUAUAUAUUGAACAGAGUCAACCUCAGCUCAUCACGAAGGGGGAUACAGAAUGGUGCACCCAGUAGAGGUACAGUUGCUACAUUCAAGCCUGACAGUCACCAUUAUGCGACACCUGCCUCCAGCCCCAGUGCCAUGCCUGUUUCAUCAGUCUUUCAGUCUGUAUCCAGACCUACAGCUAGCUCUGUAGCAGUUCAGCCAUUGUCUAUACCAGUGAAUGUUUCAGGAACUUCACAAACACUGCAGAGACCAGUUGCUGGAUGUUUAUCAACACAACAGAUGCCUGGGUCAAGUUCUGGAAUAUCACAGCCUGUCAGCAGACCUGUAACCAUUCCAGUGACGACACAACCAGUAUCAAGAAAUAUCACGGUUCCGGUAGUGGCUCAACCUGUAUCCAGGCCAGUGACUACUGUAACAGCACAGCCUGUAAUACUCAAUCAGGAUUAUAUUAUGGAUUCUCCACCAGCUGCACCAGAUAAUACAUCUGGUAUACUGUUUGGUGUGAGACAGAACUCGGGAGUUCCACAGUACGAGACUGGGCCAGCAGUGAAUGUAACAGGUCUCAAUGAGAGUGGUUUUGUAUCUAAGCGUCCUGCUACUUCUGAUGGCAACAGUGUAACUGCAAAAAAGGCCAAGCCUAAUGAGGUUGGUGCUGGAAGCAAUUCAGCUGUUUCACCUACAGUUAACUCUCCUCCAACAGUAACACCAUCACAAAAUGUAUCUUCAAAAGGUACAAAUGCUGCAUCAAGCACCAUUAAAAAUGGAGGACCUUUUCCACGAGCUUGUCCAAAGUGCAAUAUUCAUUUCAAUCUUAUGGAUCCUCUAAAAAAUCAUAUGAAGUAUUGUUGUCCAGACAUGGUAAAUAACUUUUUCCUGGGAAUGGCAAAAACAGAAUGUGUGAGCACAACAAGCAAGACUGCUGAAUCUGAGAAAGGAAAAUUGAUUAUGUUAGUUAACGACUUUUAUUAUGGGAAACAUGAAGGUGACACCCAGCAGAUACAAAAGGAGCAAAAGACGCAUACGACAUUUAAGUGCUUCAGUUGUCUGAAAGUUCUUAAAAAUAACAUAAGGUUUAUGAACCACAUGAAGCAUCAUCUAGAGCUUGAGAAGCAGAGCAGUGAAAGUUGGGAAAGCCAUACCACCUGCCAGCACUGUUACCGUCAGUUUCCCACCCCAUUCCAGCUGCAGUGCCACAUUGAAAGUACACACACGCCUUAUGAGUCAUCUACGAUUUGUAAAAUCUGUGAAUUAUCCUUUGAAACAGAGCAAGUUCUUUUGCAACAUAUGAAGGACAAUCAUAAGCCAGGUGAAAUGCCGUAUGUUUGCCAGGUAUGCAACUACAGAUCCUCAGCUUUUUCAGAUGUAGAAACACAUUUUAGAACAGUUCAUGAAAAUACAAAACAUUUGCUAUGCCCAUUUUGUCUCAAAGUAAUUAAAAUCGGAGCACCGUAUAUGCAUCAUUACAUGAGGCAUCAGAAAAAAGGAAUAUACCGUUGCACUAAGUGCAGACUGCAAUUUUUGACAUGCAAAGAAAAAAUGGAUCACAAGACUCAGCAUCACCGAACAUUUAGGAAACCCAAACAGUUAGAAGGAUUGCCUCCUGGAACAAAGGUGACUAUUCGAGCAUCUGUUGGAUCUCUUCAGUCAGGAUCAUCAGCUACAUCUUCUGUUAGUACAAGCAGUUCCACGUUUCAGUUAUCACCUAAAGCUAAAAAUACAACCACUAAAAAUCAUAACAAAUCUAAUACAAAUAAGUCAAAAGCAAAAUCAAAACCAACUACAUCAAAGAAGCAAAAUGCAUGGACCAACAGCAAAAAAAAAAAAGAAGUUACAAAUACGGCAUUGCAUAAUUUAAGGUAUCGUCUGGGAGCUCACAAAUGCAUUGAGUGUUACUCGGAAAUAAAAGAUUUUGCAAGCCAUUUUCCUGCUUAUGUCCACUGUAGCUUAUGCAGAUACAACACUAGCUGUAGCAAAGCCUAUGUGAAUCACAUGAUGAGUUUUCACAGUGCUCGUCCAAGUAAAAGAUUUUGGAUCUAUAAGAAGCAUUCAGAAGAGCUACGAGGUGUGACUGUAGUGUGUCUUAACUGUGAUUUCCUGACUGAUGUUUCUGGCUUAGAUAGCAUGGCCACGCAUCUGAGUGAAAGCCACACUCAUACUUGUCAAGUUAUUAUAGAGAAAGUUUCUGUAGAUAUCCCAACUGCUGAACAAGUAUCUGACAAACAAGAGCAUGACUCUUCAGAUGAAACAAAAGAAUGCAAUAGAAAUCAAAGUAAAAAAGUUGCAUCUGUUGAAAAGAAUGAAGAAAACUCAUCACUGUCAAAUGCAGAACAUGUUCCUAGUUUGGAGCUCCUUGACAACAGCUCAAAGAAUUCUUUGCAUGAGAAAGGAGCAUGUUGUGAUUCAGAUAAUAACAAACAAUUAGUAGAUGAGAAACAAAAAUCUAUUCAUGAUGAAAGUGAGUUGAAAACUUGCCAAAGUUCAGAUAACGUUAUUUUGAAUGAGCAGACUAAAGUACGUAGCUUGGAUGAAACUACACUUUCAGCAAUGAACGCAAGGGACUUAAAACUAACAUUGGGUCAAGAUGUUAGUUUUGAGCAGUUCUUGAGAAAAAGAGAUGAACCCGAAUCCAUUAGUUCAGACAUUAGUGAACAAGGCAGUAUUCAUUUGGAGCCUUUGACUCCAUCAGAGGUACUAGAGCAUGAAGCUACUGAAAUUCUUCAAAAAGGUAAUGUUGCACCUUCAUCAAAGAAAGCUGGACAACUCUCUGAACAAACAGAUGAGGCUUCUAAAGAAAGCAGUCCCAACAGAAUGGAAACAACUGUAAACAAGACAGAUGAAAAUGAAGCAAGCUGAAAUUUUGUUAAUUUUAUUGUUUGUUAUAAACAAUGGUUUAGAAGACUUUUAAAAAGAAAAGUGGAACAGUUUACGUAGUUACAGCUCCUCAAGAUCUGCCACUUUAAGAACUUCAAAUAACAAGACACACGAAAAAGCUGAGAGCAAUAAGUUGCAGCAUUCUUUUGUUUUUUAAAGAUUUUAGUGAAAUUGUUAACUCAAGGCAUGAUUAAUGACUCUGAUGUCUUCAUACAUAUACACGUGGAAGAUUGUAAAAUACAGCAUCACAAUGAGGACAGUUUAAAGGACUUAAUCAGCUAUGGAACUUGAUGUGUAUGCUACUGAAGGAGUUCCUGAAUGUAUCUGUGUUUAAAGCCAGAGAAAUCUCUAUAGUAUUUUUAAUCUGAUUGAUGAUCUUCCAUGCAAAUAAUAUAUUUUGAAUAACACUCUGAUACGUGGUGUUGGAAAAGAUUAAGUUCAGCUGGAAGCAGUUGUAUGAUACUUGCUUGUAAAUUACUCACAUUUGUCUUUUAUUAUGCAAUUAAAUUUUUAAAACAUUUACUAUUU